UCUAUCAAAUUAAAUGGACCUUAUAAUUUAUAAGAAAGUAAUUUUGAGAAAGGGAAGGAAUUACAUAGUCCAUUUACAAUGGGACUAAAUUUUCUUUAUUUCUGAAGACAAUUAUUUGAAUUUAUUAUAGACUCGAGUUAGUUAACUUAACUGGCCACAAAAACAGAAAUUGGAAAUUGAAGUGUUUAGAUUCAGUCUACUCUCUCUCAAGUCUCAAGUGAAAUGUAUGUGUGGCUUCUCUCACUCUUUUGGUUCUUCAUUUUGGUGUGUUGCUAUUACCUCCACAAAUUCGUAUGGGUUCCCCUGCAAAUCCAGAAACACUUCAACCGACAAGGCGUAAAUGGGCCCGACUACCACCCGAUCUUCGGGAACACAGCCGCGGUGCGGCGGUGGCUGAUCGCGGCGGCUGAGGCGGCGCCGAUCCCCCGCAUCACACACGAUAUUUGUCACCGUGUUAUGCCGCAUUACUGGAAGUGGUCAACUCUUUACGGGAAGAAUUUUCUGUUCUGGUUUGGGCGCAAACCCAGAUUUGCAGUGGCUGAUCCCAAAAUGAUCAAACAGAUUUUGAUGAAUAGCAGCGGCAGUUUUCAGAAACCGAAGCUGAAUCCAUCUUCCAAGGCGUUGUUUGGCGAUGGGCUGGUUAAUCUGCAAGGUGAGAGAUGGGAUGUUCAUAGGCGGAUCACUGCGCAGGCCUUCCACAUGGAGCGAGUCAAGGGUUGGAUUCCUGAAAUGGCAGCUAGCAUAGAAGACAUGCUGAAGAAGUGGGAGGUUGAAAGAGCAGAGAAAAGUGAGUUGGAAAUGGAUGUUCAUAAACAACUUCAACACCUCUCAGCAGACAUCAUAUCUCGAACAGCAUUUGGUAGCAGUUAUGAAGAAGGUAAUCGCAUUUUUCAGCUGCAAGAACAGCAAGUUGGUCUCACCUUGCAAGCAUUGCGAAGUGUCUAUAUCCCCGGAUUCAGGUUUCUGCCGACGAAGAAGAACAAGAUGAGAUGGAGACUAGACCAGGAAACUCGGCAAUCCAUCAGAAAAUCGAUUGAGAAGAGCCAAGGAAACUCGAACUCACUUCUCACAUUAUUGAUGUCUCCAUAUGAGAAUGAGGAUGGUGUAGAGGAGAAACUGGAUACUCAGGAAAUCAUAGAUGAAUGCAAAACUUUCUACUUUGCAGGAAAGGAAACAACAGCCAAUCUUCUAACAUGGGUGCUUCUCCUUCUUGCAUCUCAUCAAGACUGGCAGACCAGGGCACGAGACGAAGUCCUUGCUACGUGCAGGGGCGACACCCACCCCACUGCAGAAACUAUAUCCCAUCUCAAAAUAGUGAGCAUGAUAUUGAACGAGACCCUUCGACUCUACCCUCCAGCAGUCGCGCUAAAUAGGCAAGCAUCGGAAGAUGUUAAACUGGGAAGCCUCGACAUUCCUGGUGGCACAGAGAUAUACAUUGCCAUGACUGCUGUCCAUCAUGAUACUGAGAUAUGGGGAGACGACGCGAAUGAGUUCAACCCUCUGAGAUUCUCUGAGCCGCGGAAGCAUCCAGCGUCCUUCUUUCCUUUUGGUUUAGGCCCCAGAAUAUGUGUUGGGCAGAAUCUAGCCAUUGUUGAGGCUAAACUAGUCUUGGCGAUGAUCCUGCAACAUUAUUCUUUCGUGGUUUCGCCCUCGUAUCGACAUGCUCCUAUGCCAUCUAUGACCUUGCAGCCCCAACAUGGAGUCCAACUUCUUUUCAGCAGGAUUCAGCAGUAGAUAUGCUAGAGGAAAUUCUGAUAUGUUGUGCAUUGUUUUACUUUUUUUUGGUUGGAAAAACAAAUAAUUCCAACAUGGACUCCAACUCGGAGCCUUUGGUCUCAUGCAUUAACUACAUUAUCACUAGGUUAAA